CCGCUGCCGCUGCCACUGCCACCACUGCCACCCAGCCCUAUCAACCACGCACUUUGACAGCCGAAAACCCCUCGACUGACAUCAACGAACCGACGACAGACAACUCGACCAUGCGCCGCAAAUGAUGCUCAAGACGUCGCCUGCCUUGUCCGCCUCCACCAAUGCCUCGCCUACCGUCUUUCGAUAUGCGACGUCGUCUCCCCAGCACUCCUCAAAGCCUUCGCCAGCUCUCAGGCGACGGCAUUCCACACGCUCCAGCGCCUCUUCCUCUGCCGACGCUAUGAAGUCGUCUCCGAUCCAGCGCCCGAGACAGUAUGUCGCAAACGACUCGGGCGUCCAAGGGUCCCCCGCCGAUGCUCAGCAACUUUCGUCGUCGCUCUCGCAGAAGCCUCCGGCGCAGCCCUUGCAGUCGCCUCGGCCGUCUCCCAUGUCAAAGUCGUCGGCAACCCCCUCACGCCCUUCCCAGGAGCAGAUCGUGCAACAAGGCCAGGCCCAAGCCCAAGCGCUGAGCGGGGUGUCGCCAACCAAGCGUCGAAGUUCGCCCGCCCUGGCCAACUCGCAAGCCACUGCCGCUGCCAAAUCACCACCACCGUCGACUAAGCGACCAAAACCCGACGUGCCGCCGCCAAAGGUCUUGCCCGAGAGUUAUCAAUUCUGCCCGGUCGAGGACAUGGUCGAGUUGAUUGCCCACAUGCUGGCAGAGUUGAUAGCUACAAAUGACGCCAUCCGAAUAUCGAAUGGCGGCCUGACGCGAUUUCACUCGAGGACUGCACCUGGUAUUUCUGUUCGAGAUUAUCUACACCGCCUGGCCCGACAUGCGACCCUGACACCGCCGCUUCUACUGGCCAUGGUUUAUUACAUUGACCGGUUGUGCGCCAUGUACCCAGAAUUUACCAUCAAUACGUUGACUGUACACCGAUUUCUGAUCACCGCGGCUACGGUAGCCGCGAAAGGAUUAUCUGAUUCCUUCUGGAACAACACUACGUACGCCAGAGUCGGUGGUGUUCGAGUAGCCGAGCUUAAGCUGCUUGAACUCGAGUUUCUCUACCGUGUGGACUGGAAGAUUGUACCGAAUCCAGAGGUCCUGGUGGCCUACUACAAAGGGUUGGUGGAACGAACUCCAGGUUACAUUCUAGAAUCAGACGGGUCCGAAGAGGACGAAGACGACACCGAGGCCGAUGGCAUGGAUGGAGAGGAUAAUGCUAGUUCGGACGAUUAGAACGUCGUCAGCCUGGUGCUCAUUCCAAGACGAUAUCGGAGCAUAUAUUUCCACUUUACAGACCGACCGACCGACAGGUCAAAGACGCCAUCUCGGUCGGUGGAUUUGGACGGAUACUACAUGGCGAGCGGAUGGAUGCAUGACCAUGACGGAGGGACCGAGGGUGGACCCUGCAUAACACGACAUUUACUGGCGUUGGGGACCGGGGCGAUUCGAUUGAUUCAUUUUAAGACAGCAUCACCGGGUUGGGCAAUGAAGCAUCUGUACACACAGCUUGGGAGGCAGACGUUAGACUCGACCAUGAUGUCGAAAAAAUUAUAUUGCAUUUC